CGAGAAAAGGAAAAAAAAAAAACAUCUUAGCUUUCGAACAAAAACAAGAGAAGAAUUAAGGUUGUGGGUAUGGACUUUGGCAGUGCAAAAGUAGUGGAGUAUUUGGAGCCAGUGAUGUCCAAGGAACUUCUCUGCAAGUUCCCGGACAACUCGGCUUUCGAUUUCGACUAUUCUCAGAGCUCAAUAUGGUCUCCUUUGGUCCCUCAAGCUUACAAAUCCAUGGAUUUUGAGUCCGAUUUGGAUUUCGCUACGCUGAGGAAGCUCGAUUUUGAGGUGGGCAAUGAAAAUCGUAGCCUCAACAAAGUCACUUCCAACAUUAAGAAGAGGAUCAGAACCACUGCUUUUGCGGUGAAUCUGAGUGCUUUGAAAACUAAAAAGAAGAAGAAGAAGAAGAUUGUUUCGGAUUUCUCUCCAAGUCCGUCGUUCAAGGGUGCUUGUAACCCUGUUACCAAAAAGGUUUGGAAUAAGGUGCUUAAAGCUGCAUCCAAACACUUCAAGAAAAAGAAGAAAGAUUCCACGGUCAAUAGGAGACUCUCCAACGUCUACUUGAGAGAGGAAAAUAUUUGGUGCAGAUGGUGGAGGACUCGCAUGGUUUCGACUCUCUUUUUCAUGCUCGAGUUGGCUCCGGUUUGGACGAGCAUUUGAUGUACCGUCUACUAGAAACUUUGAUUCAAGAGGGAGUUUGGUGAACACACACAUGAGAGGGAGAUUGUUGAGAAAA